AUGAACAAACAACAAAUGCUCGGAAGUUCUAAAUUAGCAGAGAACCAUGAGCCUAUUUAUAAAGAUUAUCGAGACUCAAUAGUGGAAUCACCAGCAGUGAGGUGGUUUAAUUGGUUAGAAAAAUCAAAUUUGGAAAAAUGGUCAGCAAUAAUAUCGCUAUUAUUUGGAAUUUACGUAAGAUGGACAGUUGGUUUGCAUCCAUACUCUGGUCAAAACACUCCACCCAAGUAUGGAGAUUAUGAAGCUCAGAGACAUUGGAUGGAAUUAACAUUACAUGUUCCGAUAGAUCAAUGGUAUUACUAUGAUUUUGAAUGGUGGGGUCUUGAUUAUCCUCCUUUAACAGCAUAUGUUAGCUGGAUUUGUGGUAAAAUAGGAUCGUUAUUUAACCCAGAAUGGUUUGUGCUGGACACAUCGCGUGGGUUGGAAAAUGAGGAAAAUAAAUUGUUCAUGCGAUCUUCCGUGUUGGUUCUUGAAUAUUUAAUAUAUAUACCAUCAGUCUUUGUGUUUGUGAAUUGGUGGUUCGCUAAUGAAUCUUGGAAAAGGCGUGGAUUAGCAAUAUUGUUCAUUCUCCUUCAGCCUGCUCUAAUACUAAUAGAUCACGGCCAUUUCCAGUAUAAUUCUGUGAUGUUAGGACUUACGAUAUGGGCAUUGAAUUGCUUUUUCUUUGAUUAUGACGUUUUAGGAAGUAUUUUCUUUUGCCUGGCAUUGAGUUUUAAGCAAAUGGCUCUUUACUUCGCACCCGCUAUUUUCGCUUAUUUAUUAGGAAAGUGCAUAAAAAACAACAGAAAAGGGAUAAUACUUUUUGUGAAAUUGGGCGUUACAGUGGUUAUCACUUUUGCUAUCGUGUUUUUCCCUUUCUUGGAUUCGGUUGAACAUAUCUCGCAAGUCAUCACACGUCUAUUCCCCUUUCAGCGUGGAUUGUAUGAAGACAAGUUACAUUUUAUAUUAUUAGCUAUCUUACCAUCGUGUCUACACCUCGGUUCAAAUCCUGACAAACGUCGGCUUGUUUAUUGUUUAGCGAAUUCUGCAUUGGCAUUUUUUAUGUUUUCUUUCCAAGUUCAUGAAAAGUCAAUAUUAUUACCUGCAUUACCAAUUACACUGUUGAUUUUAGAUGAGCCAUUCUGGAGUUCAUGGUUUAAUAAUGUUGCUGUAUUCAGUUUGUUUCCUUUAUUGAAGAGGGAGCAUUUGAUUCUGCCUUAUUUCGUUGUAUGGCUUAUGUGGAAUUGGAUGGGAUCUUUUGUUCAGCAGAAUGUGGAACCAAUAAUAUUAAAAUAUAUUUCUUGGGCUUCUUAUUUUAUGAUGGCUGCAAUUCAUUUCUUAGAAUUUAACAUCACUCCACCAAAAAGAUAUCCUGAUCUUUAUACUGUAUUAAAUCUUACAUCAGAUAUUUCACUCUAUACGGAAUACCAUGAUUUACAAGAAGAAAUCAAACAAGUCAUAAUAGCAUUUGUGAAGUUCAUGGACGAGGAUCACAUCAUCGACGGCGAAGGAUACUAUUUGCUUUGCAGUAAAAAUAAAAGUAUAACUGAUAGCAACAAGAACAAUGCUUCUAUUUUAAGAGACGUGUCUUUGGAAGAUAGUGCUGGAAUGCCAAAGAGUAGCAAUAAUGCGGUUAAUCAAGAAAUGUUACAGCAAGUGACGGCAAGGACCAACAAUUUACCAGUUGAGAAUCGGGAUACGAGAAAAGGGGCUACGUCGACUAUCUCGAAUUUACCAAGGUCUAACGAAAAUACGCGUACACCGUUAUUGGUAAAUCGAGAUACGAUACAAGGUUUCGAGGAAAAUACGUAUAUAACACCAUUUUAUAAUCAAAAACAUGUGCAAAAACCAGUUGACAGCGCAUAUGCAACAUUAUUUAACUAUCGUGAAUCCACGUACACGACUCCGAUUGAUAACCGAGGGCAUAUGCAGGGAUUCGAGAAUCGAAAAUAUUCGGAAUUUAUGGCCGAUUCACAUGGAGCUCAGUUUGAAUAUCAAGAGAAUUCGGACAAUGCAUCCAGAACAUCAUCCAGAGGAUCAUCUCAAGAAUCAUUCAUAAGGGGCAUUAGGACGAGUCAAAAUUCGCUUGAAUCGACGUCUUCGUUAGAUUUUGGAUCACAGACAAUUUCCGGCAUUUCCAAAUCACAAUUCACAAUGCCAAGAAAUCAAAUAUCGAAUAUAUCUUAUAGCACGGACGAUCUUGGUGAUGAUGGGGAAUCUUUGACCCAAAAUUCGACGUCCACUAAUUUAUUAAAUGAAACAAUUGAAGAUUGUGAAGAUAGCAAUACCAUUAUUAGGUAA